AUGGGAUCACUCAUAAUUCCUGGAGAUGAGCUUCACAUCAAUAAAGAUUCAUCUGUAAUCCAAGGUCCGGGAGUUUACUGUGAACCCAAGUCACAGCGGUUCAUACCCGUGAAUGCCGGCAUUGAGAUGAUUACAGACUCCAAGAAAGGUCAAACUGUGUACGUGGAUUUUAACUCCAGACGUUAUGUACCAGCAUUAGGCGACCUCGUCGUUGGAACGAUAUCUGGCAGCUUCUCUGAUAGUUACAGGGUAUCCUUAGCGAACUUCUCAACGCCUGUUACUCUGUCAUAUAUGGCCUUCCCAAAUGCCUCCAAGAAAAAUAGACCUACGCUGAAAGUCGGUGAUCUGGUUUACGCACGAGUGAGCAAUGCAGAAAAAGAAUUAGAGGCGGAAAUCGAAUGCUUAGAUUCUACUACUGGAAAAGAUGUUGGAUAUGGCCUACUAGAUGGCGGAUUUGUCGUUGAUAUAUCUCUCGCUUACGCAAGAGAGUUGCUCUUUAACAGCGAGUUUCCUUUACUACAUAUAAUUGCAAAAUACACACAAUUCGAGGUUGCUAUUGGUGUCAAUGGAAAGGUUUGGAUAAAAUGUGACGAUGCAAAAUCUACAUUGGCAUGCUACAGAUCUAUUGUAGAGUGUCAGAGUACGCCCGUUGGAGAAUACAAGAGACUCAUAGCAGCUAAUUUCAAGGAGAUAACUAAUGCCAUGGAAUAA